GCUCAUAAUCUUCCCAUUGGCUGCUUGGAGAAGUCUUGGAGGCGGUGAGGGAAAAAAUUGUUGCCCGAUUCCUGCCGUGCGCCGUCAGGCAAUCAUCGUCAGGCAUCGUCGUCAGGCAUCAUCGUCAGGCAUCGUCAUCAGACGCAGUGGCGACUAAGUUGAGUUUUCUUUUUUUUCCCCUCGUUCGUCGUUUUGUUUUUUAAAUCCUCUGGUUUGUUGACUUCCGAAUCGCCUACUCACCUACCUUGUUCACCUACCUCCCAGAUGUUCACUCACUUUCAAGACGGGUACAUAAACAACGAACGUGAGAGCCUCGUCAACACUCGGUAUGGUAUGGCACAAGAAAAUCAUGAAGCAAAAGUACAACGACCCGGACCAAUUGAAGGUUUACUUAGACACGGUCUACGGAUCGGGAAACUGGAUGGUCGAGGUCAGGUCCAACAAUCGCUGGAUGAUAUCCCUCACAAGACCGUGGCAGGAGUCCGAGAUGGAAAACAUCGAGAGCAACAUCCGGGUGCAUUAUGACAUAAACGAUAGCUAUUUUCACCAGACCAGUGAGGGAACAAACAGUCCGACAAUUAGAGACACCAAGCCUCGUCCUGGAUGAAUGACUCUAUCUGUAUCGGGGCAUUGGGGUAUCGCCGUUGAAAUACAAGCGAGGCUAAAGAUAGUUACGGCAGGCAUGAGAAAUGAUAUAUAAAUGUGAUCAUAC